CAGACGGAAGGAAAGUGCAAAGUGGCCUCUGAAAAGCUAAAUCUCAGUUGUUUAACUCGGUAGCCACACGCUUCAGUGGGAGGAAGGCGGGAGCGGGGGGAAGGGGUAUGGCUCCCGCUCGCUUUGAGGAAAGAACCAAGAGUUCUAUCGAACACAAAACACGAGGCCAGCCGAGUAAGGAGGCUCUGUUAUACUUGAGCCGCCGGGGAGGGCUGGAGGGAGAGCGGGGAAGCCUGGCCCAGCCCUGCCUCCCUCCCCGCCUCCUCCGCGGCGCUGCCGACGUGGCGGGGCAGGGCAGGAGCGGGGCCGCCGCUCGGGCAGCGCGCAGGGGCGCUGCGAUUUCUGCUUUCCCUCCUGCUUUCGCAACGGGCUGCGGGCUCCUCGCCGCGGAUUUCGAAAAGAGAACUAUUGAAAAAAAAUAAUAAGGAAAGGGAAGGUGCGGCCGCAGCGACCCGGGAGAGGCGGGCGCCGAGCGAGAAGCAUCGCGGAGCCGCGGCUCAGCCGAAGAAUUGAAAAUGUCUGAAGACUUAAGUGAUGGCAUCCCACCUGAAGAGAAACGUGAAGUAGUGGAAACGCCCAGCAAUGAAGUUUUGCCUCAUGAGUCAGUACCACACCUCAUGGAAGCUGAGAUCUUGCACGAAUCUUCACAUCAUGAACACGGACAGGCCACUCGGAGUGCCAGUGAUGAACAGGAAGGAGACAUAUUUACUAACAAAAAGCCUUUGACUGAAAAAAUAACUGAAAGUCUGCCUUCCAAUGGAGAGGUGACUGAAGAUACUCUCACGGAGUGCAAUGAGACUGUAAGCCUUGAUGCAGAACCUGAAUCUGAAGAAACACUGCCUGAACAAAGCAAUCCAGCCACAGAUACCUCAUCUAAAGCAAGUAGAUGGGGAGCUUGGGGUACCUGGGGGAAGUCUCUCCUGUCAUCAGCUUCUGCCACAGUGGGUCAUGGGAUAACAGCAGUAAAGGAGAAAGCAGGAACUACCCUAGGAAUUCAUAACACAAGUUCAGCAUCUUCAGAAACAGCAAAGCCUCCUGCCACUGAAACAACAAUUAUACAAGCAGAAGAUUCUCUGGACCAAAGCUCUUCUGAGAAUAUUCCUUCUUCUCCUUCAUCUGGAUCUCGUGGCAUGUUGUCAGCUAUCACUAAUGCUGUACAAAACACAGGGAAAAGUGUAUUAUCUGGAGGCUUAGAUGCUUUGGAAUUCAUUGGGAAGACAACCAUGAAUGUCCUUGCAGAAAGUGAUCCGGGAUUUAAGAGAACCAAAACACUGAUGGCAAGAACAGUUUCUCUGUCUCAGCUGUUGCGAGAAGCUAAAGAAAAAGAGAAACAGAGGCGGGCCAAGCAAGUUACAGUAGAAAGAACAGCACAUUAUGGACUACUUUUUGAUGAGUUCCAAGGUUUGUCUCAUCUUGAAGCUCUGGAAAUCCUGUCAAAUGAAAGUGAAGCCCAGAUUCAGUCAUUUUUAGCAACACUUGAUGGAGAGCAGCUGGAGACUGUGAAAAAUGAUUUAAUUGCUAUAAAGGAGAUUUUUGUUCCAAAGGAAUCAGAUGAUGAAGUAGUACAGGAACAGAAAGAUAUGGGAGAAGAGUUUGUAAGCAUGCUCACUGAACUGCUGUUUGAAUUGCACGUCGCUGCUACUCCUGACAAACUGAAUAAGGCUAGGAAAAAAGCUCAUGAAUGGCUGGAAGAAGGCAGUUUUUCCACUCCAGUAGACAUAGAAGAGAAGCUAAAAGAAAAACUUGGAGAACCUGGUGAAGAAAAGACUGAAAAAGAAGACAAAAUUGACAGUGAUAAAACAGAAGUAGAUAAAACCAAAACUGUGGAGGAAAUCUACAGGCUGUCCAUUGAAAGUCUGGCUGAGGUAACUGCUCGAUGUAUUGAACAGCUUCAUAAAGUAGCAGAAUUAAUUCUACAUGGGCAGGAAGUAGAAAAAACAGCUCAAGAUCAAGCAAAAGUACUGGCAAACUUAACAAGUGCCAUGUGCAAUGAAGUUUCAUGUUUAUCAAAGAAGUUUUCAGAUUCUUUAACAGCAGCUGGGAGCAGUAUGAAGGCAGAGGUUCUUAAUCCCAUCAUCAACAGUGUGCUGUUAGAGGGUUGCAACAGUGCUACUUACAUUCAGGAUGCCUUCCAGCUACUGCUUCCAGUUCUGCAAAUUUCACAUAUCCAGACUGGCUGUUUGAAAGCACAAGAGUGACAGUUUCCCAGCUGUUGUCACCACUGGGCUUAACAGAAACCAUAGAUCUAAUGUCUUUAAUGUCUGCAGAUAUACAAGAUGGUAUGAUUCUAUGUCUGGCCACUUAGAGUCAUUUGAAGACACUAAAUGCAGUUUUGCACAUAAAAUAUUGAAUAACGUUUUAAAACUCUUUCAGACUUUUCGACUUUAGAAGUAGCUAGGAAAGUGAAUAAUUUCCUUUCCAAUAGAGUGUAUUCCUUUCAUUAAUUUAAACUUAAGUUUAUUGAUAUUAGCAUUGAAUUAAUUAGGGAUUCUAAAUGUUGACUCUUUGAGCUGUAGACAAUGUAUGAAGCAAAUUAGAAUGUAAAGUUUUAAAAAGAAUUUCAGCCCAAAUAUGGAUUUCCAUUGUUUGCAUCCCCACUGUCAAUUAAAACUGUAAAUUUCAGAAGUUUGUUUAGUUUUAGCCAACAUGAACGAUUUAUUGCAGUGUUGUGUUGUUAAAUAUUAUUUGCAGUAGCAAAUAACAUCAUAACAUUUAACAUAACACUGUGUUGAAAGAGUUGUACAGUUAUAGGUAUUAACUUUAUUAAAUUACAAUUAUGGAGGAUAUGCAUAAAGAAUUAUACUGAAAAGGAAUUUUCUGUGCCACUUAAGAGUACAGAUAAAGAUCUGUGUUUGCUGACCCACAAUUUUAUAUUCAUUUCUGUCUAUUUCUUAAUUCCAACAGCUGAAUAACACUGCAGGCCAAAGUGAUCUUUUUAAUAAGCAAGGAAUAGAAAUUUUUUCUUGAUUUGGUGACUGAAACACCCCCUAAAACCAUCUCCUCUCACUUGUGUUACCAGGUUAGCAAUCUGGGGUUUAAUUCGGACUUUAAACAUUAUGAUCCUUUUUAUCAAAUGGAGUUACUGAUACUGACAAGUCAGUAACACACUUUUUGGACAUGAAAAAGAAGUUGUGAACAGAAGUUAUGAGAGAAUUGCUUUGAGUGGAGAGGUGAUAUAUCAGAGCAAUCAUCUUUUCUCUGCGUCUGUAGCUAGGCAGAGCAUUGGAGCAGGAGGAAUGACAUUUCAUGAUAACACUAGCAAAUAGUGAUAAUUUGUCUAUAUCCUUAGCUUAAAAUCCUGAGGUGUGUACAUCAGAAUUUUUUUUAGGCUAGUUUACCUCAUAGAGAUAGAAUCUCCCAAUAUUUUAUGCAGCCCCCUCUCCUGAAUUUUCCUUGUUUAUUAUGUUUCGUUCAGCUAUUUUGUAUUUUUCUCCUCUUGAUACACCCAUGAAUUGUAUUUAAAUGUUUUUUAAUUGUAGUUAACAUCUGAGUAUAUUUAAUCAUAGAAGCAUAGUUCAUAUAUCAUAAAAAGUGUGAAACAGAGCAUGAUGAAAAUACCAUACUGGUAGAAAAGAGAAACCAUGUAUCUGCUUUGCACAUGGGAACUUUUUUUUAAUCCAAAUAAGAGGAGACAGAAAGAUCUGUUUGUGUCUUACACAAUUGUAGUCCCUGUUCUGCUGUCACACGCAUUGUGACUUUUCCAUCUUUUCUUAUUUAGAGAUGAAUUUUUCAAUAUCCCUGAAAUAAGAUUUAUUAUGCAAAAUCUAUUUUCCCCCACUCUAUAAUUUAACACGUUUGAGAUAUCCUUCUGGGUAAGUAGGAGUACAGUCUUCAAAUCCAUUUGCACAGAAUAUGAAAAAAAAGCUUACAGCAAUGUGAACAAAAAUAAGAAAGCCCCUUGGCAGUUGAAAAAGCAAGCAAAUCUUGACAUUCAUUGGUAUUUAUGCCGUAUUGAACAGCUAACAUUACCUCAGCAUGGGAGAAAACAGGACACAGGAAAAUGCAGAAAGUUAGCCCAGAAGUAGAUACAACUCCCACCAACUGUUAUAUCCAUGGCACCUCUACCUGAUGUUGCACUAAUCCGGAAAGGUUCUCUUCAGAAUGCUAUUACAAAAUAAUGAUUGGUUGGUGCAAAACAUUUUGUCUUGAGCUUCUACACUUUGGGAGGAAUAAGUGGACUCUUCUCUAGUAGUCCUGUCUGGCUGCUGGAAGAGACACACUUGUACUUACAGUCACAGAAUGACCUUACGCAGGUCAUUCUUGAAUGUGCACUGACCCAGAAGAACAGCUUCUCAGUGUGGAUUAUAGAGGACCAUGGUACUUCCUCUGCGUACUUGAUCAUGAGCGGUUUUCACAGCAGUGAAAGCAUUCAGUAGCUUGUACAAGGGCCUGUUUGUUUAAAGCAGCUUCUUCUGUUGUUCGGUGCUGACAAGCAGAAUGUAAUACUAGACCUGGUUAAAAGCUUGUUUAUUUUUCAAAUGAAGACUGACAAGAAAAGUCUAGUGUUUUCACCUGUCAAUCAUUACAUCCCAGAUCUGGUUUUACUUUAAUUUGAUCGUGAUUUUUCAUCAAGAAGCCUUUCUUUCUACAUUGGAGUAGAUGUCUGCAUCAGGUAUCUGUGUGUCAUAUUACUGCCAAAUAAGUCAUUGAACACAGCAAUAGCUGUCUCAUGUUGUUCCUAUGCCAAGUUAAUGUUUUCAGACCUAAAUGAAUUUAGUUACUUUUUCAUACAGAUCUUCUUCUUCUCAGAAAUGCAGUGCGGAAUAUAUAGUGUUAAACCUGUCAGAAAAAAUGUGUUGAGUAGUAGUGGUGCCUUUUAGGAGAGGCUGAACAAUACCAUAGUAGAAGCCUCAGGGGGAUAAUGUUUGAAAUUGCUGAGGGGUAUUCUUAAGACAAAGAUUGCUUGUCCGAGAUAUUCCUUAGUCCAAGUUUCACUGUCUUCUUAAAUUAUGUAUGUGUUGAAUAAAGUGCCUUACCCUAAAGUAAAAGAAGACAUAAAAAAAUAACAUGGGAACGUAAAUUGUUUACAUCCAUAUAACGUAAGAAGGGAAAUGGGACACAGCAUAGGAAUACUACAUCUGAUCUCAGAUGCAGUCACCUUGUCCUAGAAAAACAGCAUGUCGUAUCUUUAAAUCAGUUUUAGGUAUAAAAUAUUUCAGUAGAAAAGUACUAUGUGGAUGUAACGAGAAUAUUUUGUUUACACUGGUUUGUAUUUUUCCAUCAGUCAAAUAAAUAAUUUGAGAUACUGAACUGAAGCAGUACACUAAAACAGAAUGUUUUCAAGAAUAAUGGGAUGGGAGGAUGUACUCAGGGAAGUCUUUCACUUUCAGAUUUUGUGAUUUACCUUUGGAAUGAUGAGUGUGAUUUUACUGAGAGUCAGACAAAACCAGAUAUUGCCUUAAACUUUUAAGAGUGUUCUUUCAUUCAUCACCAUCUUUUUCCGGGUCAGCACACUGCAAGUGCUGUGGCACUUGUCAAACUAUUAGGUUUUGAGUAUUUAUUUCAAAAAUACCCUAGAUUGUGAAAGUUAUUUGUUCUUUUGAGCAGAUUUGUUUUUCAUGGCAUGCUGUUCACUUUUGAGCACACCUUUUUUUGCAGAGACAAAGGAGGCCAGCUUUUGCACUCAGUAAGCUGAGAAAUCUAUCAAGAUGAAUCUUAAAAGCAAUGUCUGCAUACCUACAACCUUGCAGAUGAUCCACUAUUACAGGUCAUCACUGAAGGGUGAGCUAGAGGUAAAAUAUUAGACAAGUCAUUUACUAUAUUUGUAUAUUAAAGGUAUUAGGGUUUGUUUUUUUCUAAAGGCAAGCAAAACAAGGGAAGCUGUAAGUUGUUUGCUGCUUUUUAGAGUAUGGUUUAUUCAUGUGUAAACAUCUCUUUCCCCAUGAUUUGCUCCUACGCUGCAGCAGCCAUUGCUUGAGACAGCUAAACAAAAGAACUGUCUCUUCCACUUUUUUCAUGCUGCUUAGAUCAUCCACUGAAGCCAUUAAUAUUGUCCUGUAAAAUGUGCCUCAGUCAUAUAAUACAAACCCACAAUUAUUACAAAUUGAGGUACUUUUUAAUGAUGUUUCCAGAGUCACCCACCAGUCGGGUUUCAUAACAACUUUAAUGAGUCUGAAACACCACAGAAUUUUGAGUGACAAAUACAGAUUUUCACCUUUUAAUGAUUCACAGAAGUGUUUUUAUCAUACAAGCAGUCACCCAGCUGAUAGGAUUAUCUUUGAGACAUUCCAGUUCUAUUUCAAAUGACAGCCCUGUCCGUUCUAUUAGUCUCAAAGAAAUGUAAAGACUGGAAAAGGACUUUCCUGAAUUCUUUUUAAAACCAUCUCAGAGCAAGGCUUAACAUGACACCAUCAGCCAGUCUGACCUACUUUGAAAUUCUUGCAUUCUGACUGGAAAGCCCUCUGGACUUUAAACACUUUUUUUCUGUCUCAGAUCAACCUUUGUUGCUGAAGCUGCUUUUAUUGUGCAACCUUUACAUUUUCCAUGCUCUGACUCCUGCUUCAGCAUUUACAAUAUUGAUGAUGGUGUGCAGGUUUAGAGUUAAAAAACAGAGAAAUGUCAAAAAUUGAGCUAUAUUAAAAAGAUGGGAGGGGAAAAAUAAUUUUCAAAGAAAAAGAAAGAAUGUGCUCUCUGCAAACAGGAACAAUUUUCAAGGUUGAAUUAGAGGAAAGGCUGUCUCAAAGAGUUUUUCAGCAUUGUUCAGAAUAAACAGCAGAUGACAUCUGAUUGGUUCCAGCAGAACAGGAAUAACAGCAUUUCUGAAGUAAGGGAAAAUCUCCAUGAAUUUGAAGGAAGUAAGUCAAAGAUAAGAACAUUCAAAGAGGAAGAGCUCAAAGGAAAGAAGACAGCUAAUUUGAUCAGUCUGGAUCUGCAGUGCUCCUUCUCUCUUAUUGCCUGUACCCCAAAAAUCCCUGAGCACACUUCUGCUAAGCACUCCUUAGUAGUCUCCCACUUUUAUCUGCUUUCACAGCUUCCUCUUAGAGUCUUUUGAGGAGGUGCUCUAGCAGAUUCAAAGCGAGGCAGUAGCUGUAUUCAUUCUGCUUUUCAAACAUUUUUCCCAAGGAGUAGAAGAAUAUUUCUUCUGCAGCUCUACAACAAUGUGCAAAAGAACCUGCAGCAAGGACUAAUCCUAAUUUUCAGUGAACUGAAUCUGAUGCUUCUGUAAAGAGGAACAAAGAGGAAGGCAUGAAGACAUUACUCAAACGAAUGUGUGCUAUUUCUCUUCUGAACUACAGGAGUGAGGCUCAAAGGCAUUCAACAAAAGGUACCAGUUCUGGAGUCAGACAGUGUCACCUGAAUGAAAGCCAGAGCACAGGGUAAUUCAAACAAUUUUAAACACUUUCAAAAGUCUCUCAACCCAUUUACUAGGCUUGGAAAAAUACAGUCCUACUCUUCCUGCCCUUGCUUAUUUCAGACACCGUAUCAGCAGCUUGUACGAUGCUGGUAUUUAAGGUGGCCAGUGCCUUUUCUCCAGCUUCCUUACCAAUUCUGUCCUGUGUCCAUUUUGCACAUAUCUGAACGCCACCAGUUCUGCCUUUCGCACCAGAGUUGCUCACCCCAUUCUCUUAUGCUUCCACGUCUCCUUCCCUGUGCUGGUUUCUGAGGUUCUUCUGUCCUGCCCAUCAUCUUGUGCUUGAGAAGCUGCACUGCUGCGCCAGGACAUACUCUCUCUCCACGCAUGUUCAGUUUGGAAAAAGCCAGAGAUGAAGAAAGGGAGUUAAGGGGACAUGGGAGGAGGGAAACCAAGAGGAUCUCAGGAGAAAUGGGAAGACACAGAACCAGUUGCUUUUUAGGUCCCUCCUUCCUCUUCCAGUGUAAGGAGGUUGAACUGAGGUCCCUUUCAACCUGAAUUUCCUGAAGAUCACAUUUUAUUCUCAACCAUUCUUACAAAUAUCUCCUCAUUCUCCCACUGUUUCCUAUAGUUUGGAUCAUACAAACUAUAAUAUAGAUAUCCUUUAUAGUUUGGAUGCAAGACAAGGUAAGGUCUACUCAACCAAACUGAAAAGCUUAUAAGAACCUUUUGGGUUUACUUGUUCUUGAGGUUUUAAAAAGUAAAUUGGAAUCUUCCAGGGCAGUAAAACCAAACAAAGAGUAAUAAAAUAGUAAGUAACAAUUUAACCAUUGAAGGAAAAGAGGGAAAUUACAGGCAGCAAGAAUAAUAGAAUUAAAUUAUAGGAGAAAGGAAAGUAAAUUUGGGUCACAAGGAGCAGGGCUGUCCCUAUCAACAAGAUCUCUGGGUGACUGAUGGGGAUGUAUGAUAGAU